UGUUGUCAAUUGUGUUGGUUGUGUUUAUUUUGGUUUAUCCGUACAUAGCUUAUGGCCCAUCCUUGGCUACAGUUGGUACAGUGAACAUGGCUUCAUGAUGUGGUGGUGUUAUGCAGCUCAUAGGUAGUCGGUGUUCUUAAAGACAGUUGUGUCAUGCCGUGCGGGCCUCGCAGUGCUGUGCCGCUGCAGCCUGCUUAACAUAACGUCACAUCUCCGGCAUCUACUCCGUACAGUCACUGCUGACAUGGAUAACAUUGCCCGCUGUACACACCCACUGAAGACAGGGCAAAUAUAUUGUAUUACGGUGCACCGCCUUGCUGCCGAAUUUGGGGUAUGCUUUCGCUCAUGAGCAUCCAAAACUCGGAACGCUGUGACAGUCGAUGGCGAAGUGCUAGGUGCGGAAACCACGAGUGACGUGUUCGAAGCGUCACAAAGCGAAGUGUGCCACAGUACGUGACUAUGGACAAAUUGACAGUGAUCUCGGGCACGUUGUUUUUCCUUGCCAACAUCUUUGCCAUCUUGAGUCUUGUGCUUCCCGACUGGAUCGUCUCCGACGUUGGUGGUGACACACGACUUGGGCUACUACAGACAUGCACCACGCUGCAGGGUCGGCCACCAACCUGCUUCCCUCCACGCCUGCAGCCGGAGUGGCUGCUGGCUCUUGUUUGCAUUGUACUGGGCUGUGUGUGCAUCACAGCUACCACAGUGCUACUUGGAUUGUCACGCUGGAAUGGCCGUGUUGUUCCAUAUGCACGAUGGAUGGGUUUCUCUGCUAUGCUUCUGUUCUGCCUGGCCGCUGUAAUCUUCCCGGUGGGCUUCAGCAUGGAUGAAAUCGGGGGAGAACCAUACCAGCUGCCCAGCAGCCACCAAGUGGGCCUCUCAUAUAUAUUCUUUGUGCUUGCACUCUGGAUCACAGUCAUCUCUGAGCUCUUUGCUGGCAAGGUCUGCAUGCCCCAUUUCUGAGCAGGCAAGCUCUGGUUUGACCUCAAUCCAAUGACAUAUAAAGGAGGCCAAGUGUAGGACCAGUAUGGUAAUCCUAAGGGACUUCAGAUUGCAUCAGCCACAGCGGUGAAAUCUCCACUCCUACUGUAUCUGCUCCAUUACAUAUCUCAAUUUGUAAAAAAAAAAAUAAUAAAAACAUUUUUGGGGAAACUUAAACUGCGCUAGGGACGAGACAUCAAGGUAGAAGAAGACAGGACGAAUGCAGUCCUUCCUGUCCUGUCCUGUCUUGCCAAAGGGCACGUGAAAUCUUGGAAGCUUCCUUGAUAGCUAGACAUGGUCCAGAUAAGUGCGUCAGCAGAUCGUCAGUGUAUCUUUUCAGGAAAGAGCUUCAUUUUUUGGUGUAGAUAGGGGCUUGGUAAGGGAGUGUUCCAUGGUCACAUGGUUAUGAUCGGGCUUGGGCAUGCACAUUGUUCAGAGAGGCAUCAUUGUGUAGUUUCAAUAAACCAGUUGCUAGUCUGAAUUCGCCCUGUCUACUACCUCGGUGUCUCGUCCCUAGCACAGCUUAAGUUCCCAAAAUUAUGUCUUCCUAACUAGCCUCCCAACACACUCUCCAUGAAAAUAGAAACAUUAUUAAAAGUUGCGGUAAUAUGUUUA